AUGAGAGCACAAAGAGCUGCUGCUGAAAACAAAAAAAUUGAAGUCAUUGCUAGAGCAAAGUUAUUGAUUGCUGAAGCUAAGAAGGCUGAGGCGGCCCUUGAAAUUGCUGCAAAUAAUAGCCUUCUUGCUCAGGCUUCCCUGGUUGAAACCAGAAUGCUUAUUGCCCAAGCAAUUCAGUCAAUUGAAUCUAUAAAGGAAGGAGAUCUAGUCUCUGACCAAUACGACAGUAAUUUUCAGGCUUCAUCCAAAUUAGUACCCCAUGUCGAAGUGGAUACGAUUACAGAAAUUGGAAGUCCGAGUCACGUUGAUCCAAGAAAAGAAAAUGGAGAUCAAAGCUCGUGGUCAAGUGAUACUGAAGCUGAGGACGUUGGAAUGCAUGUUUUUUCAGAUUUGCUGAGUGGAAAUCCAUCAAUGUCUUGUGACACCGGUUCACUCUAA